AUGGUACAGUCAACGUUAUCAGAAAUUCUCAAGACAGCAUCUUUGGACUUGACUCCCUACGAGGACCUGUACAAAUAUUUCCACGCGCAUCCCGAACUCUCUCGGCAAGAGAAAUCUACAUCGGAAACGCUCGCGGCCCAUCUCGCCCAACUGAAAGUCUAUGAGCUUCACACCAACAUCGGAGGCUACGGCCUUGCGGGGGUGUUUCGAAAUGGCGAGGGCAAGACUGUGCUCCUGCGAGCGGACAUGGAUGCACUUCCAGUGAAAGAGCUGACCGGGCUCCACUAUGCAAGCUCCGUCACUAUGCGCGAUGCCGAUGGGAAUGAAAAGCCGGUGAUGCAUGCUUGUGGCCACGACAUGCACAUUACAUGUCUUCUAGCAUCUGCAGAGACGCUUGUAAAAAUGCGGAAUGCCUGGAGCGGGACUUUAAUCGUGCUGUUCCAACCGGACGAAGAGCGAGGUGGAGGUGCACAAGCGAUGGUUGACGAUGGACUUUACUCAAAGAUUCCAGUUCCUGAUUAUGUCCUGGGUCAACAUGUUAUGAGGAUGCGAGCAGGAAGCGUUGGCUCACGCCCUGGAGCCAUUAUGGCUGCGGCCGACAGCAUGAAGAUCACAGUCUUUGGGCGUGGUGGCCAUGGAUCUCAGCCUCAUCAGACGGUAGAUCCAGUGCUUCUCGCUGCGCACAUUGUUGUUCGACUACAGAGUAUCGUGAGCAGAGAGAUCAAUCCAAGCGACCUCGCCGUCUUGACCGUGGGAAGUCUCCAGGCGGGGCAGACAGAAAAUAUCAUUACCGACAGAGCCGAGAUCGGUGUUGACUUUCGGUCUGUCAAAGUGGAGAUUCGGGAACAAAUAAUCUCUGCGAUCAAGCGCAUCGUCGAGGCCGAGUGCGCGGCGAGUGGCUCGCCCAAGCCGCCGGUGUUUACUCCAACAAGACGCUUCCCACCUACCCUGAACGACAAAGAUACUGCGUCUCAAGUUGCCGCGACAUUUGCGACUCACUUUGAAGACUUCGAUGAUGACGUACAGCGAACCAAUGUUAGCGAAGAUUUUUCUACACUGGCAACCUGCCGGGGGCUUCCUAGCUGUUUUUGGCUCCUUGGAGGCAUUGAUCCUGAGCUUUGGGAUAAGGCACAGGCAGAUUCUCGCACAGAAGAGAUACCGGGGAACCACUCGGCACUUUUCGCGCCCGUUAUUCAGCCAACGAUGAGAGUUGGAGUGGAUGCGUUGUGUCUUGCUGCUUUGACUUUCUUGAAGAAAUAA